CCGUUGGGAUUAUUUUUAAAUGAAUUUCGUAACCUAGAUUAACGUAAAUAACUGAUUAGUAAUCUUCCACGUGAAGGUUGGCCUACGCAUUUUAUGUAAUAGAGCUAUAGUCUUUCAGUUUGUUCUAAUCCUUUGUCUACAUCGCUCUACAAAGCAAUACCUCACGCAACACUUUCGUCCAUUGUAUUGCAUUAACUCGGAUGAUUAUCAACGGUUGAACGGUGACACCUGUGUCUGGAGUUGCUUCCUCCUACGUAGCUCUACGUGAAUGAAGUUUCCCCGAGACCCAAGUAUGGCAGCAAGUCUGUUCCAUUUCUUUUUAUAGUAGGCCUCAUCCAGCUCCUAGCUUUUCUCAUGCUUAGUUGCAUAGGCACAUACUGGGUACAGACACCAGCCUACAGAAGACCAUCCUUAUCUUUCUGCACGCUCCCCCACCCCCAGCAGUCUUCUAGGCCCAUCCAUCUCUCACAAAGAGCCCCUUGCUGGGGCCAUGCCCAUUCUGCUCAAUGCCGAUGCCUCCUUCAGCUCCAAGCAGGAACUACUGGACCUCCAGGACGUCCCAAUGGGUCCUUCCUUGGACAUGGCCAGCCCUGUGGACUCUCCGGAAGACAGCCCAGAGGGCUCAGGUCCCGGCAGCCCUGCUCGGGAUGUCCCUGCAGGCCGCAUCAUCCUCACCAGAGCCUCUUCCCUGCCCGGACAGAUUUACCGGGGCGAGGGGCCAUUGGACACCCCCCUGAGCCUCAAGUUUAUUCCCGCAGAACCACAGCUGUGUGGCUGGGGGGCCCUGACGCCACAAGCCAUCCAGACAUUCAACACACCUCGCUGGGUGCUCUUUUUCCUCUGUGUGGCCUCCUUCCUCCAGGGCAUGAUCAUCAAUGGAUUCAUCAACACCGUGGUGACCUCCAUAGAGAGGCGCUUUGACCUGCGGAGCUACCAGGCCGGGCUCAUUGCCAGCUCCUACGACAUUGCUGCUUGUGUGUGCCUGGCUUUUGUUAGUUACUUUGGUGGGACUGGGCACAAGCCUCGCUGGCUGGGCUGGGGGGUUCUUAUCAUGGCACUGGGAUCUCUGGUGUUCGCCUUGCCACAUUUUACCACUCCCCCAUACCAGGUUAGCAUGCCCGAGCGGACAGGCGUGUGCUCAGAGAACCGCACCAACCCGUGCCACGAUACAGAGGGGGGAGGCCUGUCCAGCUACCGCUUUGUGUUCAUGCUCGGACAGUUUCUGCAUGGGAUAGGAGCUACGCCCCUCUACACUCUGGGGGUUACAUACCUGGACGAGAACGUCAAGUCCAGCUACGCUCCAGUGUAUAUUGGUAUCUUCUAUACAGCAGCCAUUGUGGGUCCUGCAGCAGGUUACCUUCUUGGGGGAUACUUCCUUAACAUCUAUACAGAGGUCCAUAUGACGACUGAGCUGACUCCCGAGAACCCUCUGUGGGUGGGGGCCUGGUGGAUUGGCUUCCUGGCAGGAGGGGCAGCAGCGCUGGUUAUCGCCCUGCCCAUCCUGGGCUACCCACGCCAACUACCAGGAUCUCAGAAGUAUGUGGCCAUGCGUGUGUCUGAGGCUCACCAGCUGAAAGAUGGCAGCCAGGCUAGUGCUGCCGACCCCCAGUUUGGGAAGUCUGUAAAGGACAUGCCUAGAUCUGUGUUGCUUCUGCUGAAGAACCCUCCCUUCCUCUUCCUGUGUCUGGCAGGGGCCACUGAGGCCACCCUCAUUGCUGGAAUGUCCACAUUCGGCCCCAAGUUCCUAGAGUCUCAGUUCAGCUUGAGUGCAUCCGAGGCAGCCACGUGGUUUGGCUACAUGGUGGUGCCCGCGGGUGGAGGUGGCACCUUCCUGGGCGGAUACAUUGUGAAGAAGCUGAACCUACGUUGCCGUGGAAUUAUACGCUUCUGCAUGGUGUGUGCCCUCAUCAGUCUGCUGGCUAUCUUCAUCUUCCUCAUUCACUGUCCCAAUGACCCCAUGGCUGGGGUGACCGCUCCCUACCCAAGCAACCUACCGCUGGGCCAUCAAUACAAUGAAGUGUACAAUGACCAGUACUUCAGACAAAUGAAAAACUUCCAAAAUGGCUCUUUCUUUGGGGGCAACCUGACGGUCGGGUGUAAUGCAGAUUGUCACUGUAUACGAGAGCUCUAUAAUCCUGUCUGUGGAGCUGAUGGAGUGAUGUACUACUCCCCCUGCCACGCCGGCUGCAGCGCAAUCAACCACUCCGAGAUCGCAACCGGCAGAAAGGUGUACUCCGGGUGCGGUUGUGUGCUGGGUGGGAACGUGACGUCGAGGCUCCCAGGCCUGGCUGUGGAUGGGAAGUGCACCAGCUCCUGCCCCCACAUGUCAGCCUUCCUCGUCUUCCUCUUCCUCAUCAUCUCCUUCACCUUCCUGUGUAGUAUACCCGCCCUCACGGCUACCCUAAGGUGUGUUCCGGACAGCCAGAGGUCCUUUGGACUGGGGAUACAGUGGAUUGUGGUGCGAACUCUAGGUGGGAUCCCAGGCCCGAUAGCAUUUGGCUCUGUGAUUGAUAUCUCAUGCCUGCUGUGGCAGGACCAGUGUGGUGAGCAGGGAUCCUGCUACGUCUACCAGAACUCUGCCAUGAGCCGCUACACUCUCAUCGCUGGAAUCAUCUACAAGGUUCUUGGCACGCUGUUCUUCUUACUCGCCAGCGUUCUGUACAAGCCCCCUCCAGAGUCGCCUCAGAGCAGCUGUGAGAGCACUGACCAUGGGGUGGGGGACAGCGGGGGCGACACGGGAGAACUCCCCAUCAAGGAUGUUCAACCAGAGAUGAUUUUACAGGCCAGGAAUGAACCAAAUGUUGUUUAAGUUGUGAUCCAAAGCCUUCUGCUGGAAAGAAAAAAGGAGAGAACCACCCCUCCAGGCUGAAACAAGCUCUUCCCCAAAUGAUAUAGGAAAAAUGCUGAGAAAAUGUAUGUUGGGAAUGCUGGUGAGAACGAUGGGUCCACGCCUAUAACUGGUUCCGCCAUGCCAUAGCCCCAGUUAACAGACACUGAUCUGAAUACAGUACCUGGGACUAUCCUCUACACUGCUAUUGAGAUUUACCACAACACAGUGCCUUCAAGAGCUGAGGGAAGUCAAGAAUAAUGGGUUAAUUGUGUCGUGCGUGUGUUUGUAUUGAACGAGUGCAUGUGGAGGCUGUGCAAGUGACUGUUUUAAGUGUGCCUCUAUCCAAUGAUCAUGUCCUGCUGCUGUCGUGUCACAUGUUGAAUGACAAAAACAAAUGAAAGACCAACCACACAAGGAUCCCGAGUUGCAGUGUCUUGUAUUGCGUUUGCACUGAGGGAGUACAUGUAUAUUUCUGUAUAUAUUUAUUUUGUAUGAUCACCUUUUCAAUAUACCAUUGCAUAUACUGUAUCCAAUUUAUGUGGCACUCUCAAUUCCAUCAGGUUCAUGUUUCUUAUUGUACAUGCUAUCAUGUGAUUUGUGUAUUCAGUUUAAUGUUGCAGGUCCCUGUGCAGUCCAGAUACAGCAAAACCUUCAAGAUUUGGCUCUGCUGUUUUGUUUCCCAUAAGUACCGCUUAUAACUUUCAUGGAGCAUUUGUCCUGAUCUUGUCCUAGAUUCUGAUUGAGCCCAAAUGUUCAGAUGACUAAGAUUAUUUGUAAUCAGGUCUUAUAAACGUGAAAAAGCAAGAUAAGUAGAAAAGAGGCAUGUUAACGGCCUGUAUAACCAAGGCUUUUGUGAUAUUGAAAGCUGAGUGUGAAUGUACUAAUCCUUCUGCUGGAUGUCAGUGUGCACAUACAGAUGUUCUGUGUUCCAAACAUUCCUAAAGUCAGUUGCUCAUCCUAAAGCAUGAAAGCAAACUCCCAGUGUCACUGAUAUAGGUUUUCAUCUAAGAUAGUGCCAGGAGUAUAAAUAGGAUUCAUAGACCAACAAACGCUAAUUAUUUAUCAAUUCCCAUUGCACCUUGCUUUAUCAGCACAAAGUGUUAAUGCUCUUAGUUCAUUAAUACCACAGAAUGUUGUGUUUAUUAUUUGAUACAUAUGGAUCUUUCAGAAUUAGAAUGACAUUCAACAAAAUACAAUAUAUUGAGAAAUAUUGUGCUUCUAAUCAAUUCAGGAAAGCAGUGGAUAGAAUUGGAAUUCUAGUGUACCUUCUAAACCAAGUAGACUUGACCCAAUAGCAUAUGAACAUACAGGGACUGAACAGUGAGUAACUUCACUGCUUCACUACAUAUGAUACAAGGACUGAACGGUGAGUAACUUCACUGCUUCGCAACAUAUAAGGAUACAAGGACUGAACGGUGAGUAACUUCACUGCUUCACACAUAUGAGGAUACAAGGACUGAACAUUGAGUAACUUCACUGCUUCACUACAUAUGAGGAUACAAGGACUGAACAGCGAGUAACUUCACUGCUUUGCUACAUAUAAUCAUCCAGACAAUACAACUUUUUCAUGCAACUACUGUAAGCUUUAAUUGGAAUUAAUGUGACCAGUUACUGUGGCAUUUUGUUUUUCUAAUAGUUAGUGUUGGUAACUUUCUGUAUAUGUGAAUGUGAAGUUAUCGUGAGGCUUUGCUUUGGUCUGAAACAACAAGCACAUUGGAGACACAGCUUAACAAUGGGAUGUUACUAUAAUACUGAAAUGGGAUUGUGGGUGGGUUUGCAUUGAGCUGUUUCUGAAAAAAUACAAGAAAAGAAGAAUGACAUGCAAUUGAGUCUACUUUGAAUGAAUAUGAUAAGUGUCCAUUCUUUUUUAUCCUAAUAUUUCAGACAACAAUACCAGUAGGUGGCAGCAGGUUCCCAUGACAGCCAUAGCCUGCCAUUGCACUCAAUUCAUUGUGCCAGUAAAACUGGUCAUUCUUUUGGGUCAGUUCUAUCAUGAAGAGUUGCCAGGGAGAGAUCUGAUGUUGCCAGAUCUGAUGUUGGGAUUGUGACCUCUGGUUGAACACUUCCGCUGGACAUGGCUGGAGCUCACUAAUUGAAAUUCUUUCUGAAUUUCACUUGACCCUGCAACUGUUGACAUACAGCGCCAUACAGUCAACAAGUAUUGGCACCCUUUAUGAAAUUGAAAAGAAGUGAAAGCAAUAAAUAAACAGAAACAAUGA